AUGAGGGGACCAGCUGUGCACCCCCUUGUGGAAGUUGUUCCAGGAUCAGGGGGCUGCCACCAAAAAGGCCCUCUCUCGCGUAUCUACCAACCCAAACAGCCGGGUGUUUCCUCCAAAAAGCCGGUUUCCAAGCUCAGUUCUCCGAUCUCCCACAACUUCAGCCAGAAGAAGUCCGGCGCAGAUGUUCCAUUGAGCCGGGAAACUCUGAAGGAGAUCGCUGACAGCACAAAACGGAUCGCUCUCAUCGCUGCCAGCCGCCGCUCCCGGGCCCGGGACAGACACCCCAGCAGUGAGCUCUCUUCCCUCCAUGGUUUGGAAGAUGAAUUAUUGGAGCUGAAGUACCUUGAACCCAGCGUCACUCCUGAACAUUAUUCCAAAGACACCGAGAGCGUUGACAGUGUCCCGACAGAGGCCCAGGGAAAGGAACACCCAUGCCCCAAACCUUGGAAAGGGCCAGAGAAAGAAAGAGGGAGGAAGAAAUUCUGGGCAAAGAAAACGGGGAAGAAAAGAUCGCGCUCCCUGGAGCCCACCUCCCCAACGGCUUCUCAAGUAAAACAUCGGAGCCCCUCCAGCCGCACGGACCAUGUCUCCAAAAGUCGGCCAGCUGAAAGCAAGCUUUGUCAGUCGCCUGAUGUUGUCAUGAGCAACGCAACCCACGCCCCCCCUGGAGCCACGAAAAUCAAAUUUCCCACCAGCCACGAAACAGAGGAAAACCCAUUGCAGGUUCUGACCGUCAGGGACGUGGCCCCGAGUACCGUUCAACAGAGCAACUCAGGGGAAACCGGAGGCCAGGUUCUACAGAAGAGGGUCAAAGGGCCUGCAGAGGGCGCCGCUGGACACCCGAAGCAGAAUCAAGACACCACCAAACUGAGAAACCUACCAAAAGCUAAAUAA